AUGUGGAUUUUAGAUGUGGCUCACCGCGCAUCAAUAAAAUUGGAGCUAGCUUUGAAUCUGGAGUCCCACAUCCAUUCUUUUAAAAAGAAAAAAAAGCCUAGCGGGGGAAAUCAGCCAGAGAGCCGCUCCGCCCUUCUGCCUUCUGCCGGCAAGACCAGCUUCUCUUCACGUUGGCUCGUCCUUUCUCUCUUCUUUUUUUAUCAACCAACCCCCCCUCCUGUCAUCUUUUCCUUUUGA